UCGUCAGCCCCAGAAUUCGAUCCCGGGGGGUCCAUGAUUUGUUAUCUAUUCUUAAUAAAUUGUUACAUUUGUCGCUUUAGUCGUCUCGCAUUCAAAUCGUCGUGAGCGCUGAGCCCCGUUCGAGCCGUUCUCGAUUUAAAUCUUCUGCUACUUUCUUGGCCGUUUUCUCGGGCUCUAAAUUCGAUCGAAUUUCAGAAGAAAUUUUGGGUUCUCUUUGCUGACAUUUGCAGGCGUGGGUCCGGAAUUCGGAUUUUUUUUCUCUGGCGUAACUUGUACUAUAGUGACCUUUUUUUUUACAGUGAAAUCAAACCUAAUUUAGGUAAACGCACCCAUCCCCUUAAGAAAGAGGGAGUGCCGUGGGCAAAAGAGGGUGGGGUAAAGAAGAACCAGUUGUACGAGAGGGACAGGUUUGAGAGGUUCGAACCCGUGACCGCAGAUGUAGUUGAGAUUCCGAUGGCUGCAAAAGAUCCAGUGCAGUUUGGCCUUUCCAAUAGCCGCGAAAGAUGCCUGAAAAGAUUGUAGCCUUAGAUUUAUCCUUUUCUGUUAAGGUCAAAAUUGAGUUAGGUUUGUAUCUAACUCACCCUGAAUCAGCCCUUGAUAUCUUUCAAGCUUUUGAGGAUAUUAUUGUACAGGCUGAAUCAGUACUGGAAUCUAUGCAAAUAUGCGGUCUUCAAGCUUUCUUUUGCUUCUUUCUCAGUCCCCCGUGCCGCUGCGCGAAGCCAGUAUCAAUGAUUCGUUAACUGUUAAAUCUUCUGACUCUUCUGGCCUGGGUCUGCCUCCUGUAAUGCCUGUGGAUGGCAACUUGAACACGUUUCGUCCAAGUCUUGCAGUCAUAAUCGCAGUUCUGGUUACUAUGUUUUCUCUUACGUUUCUCCUUCUCCUGUACGCGAAGCACUGCAAGCAAAACGCCAUGGCUGUAAUUUCGAGGGACGACCGCGGUUCGAAUCUCGGGGUUGAAAGGCAUAGGGUUUCAGGUGUGGAUCGUGCCGUGGUGGAAUCGCUGCCUGUUUUCAAAUUUUCGUCGCUCAAAGGAAUGAAGGAGGGUUUGGAAUGCGCAGUUUGCUUGAACGCGUUUGAAGAAUUGGAGAUCUUGAGAUUGCUUCCCAAGUGCAAGCACGCUUUUCAUGUGGAGUGCGUGGACAAAUGGCUGGACGAGCAUUCAUCUUGUCCGCUGUGCCGUCACAGGGUCGACCCCGAGGACAUGCUGCUCGCAGACGAUAUAACAGGGAGAAAGAGUGCAGCUUCUCCCAGAAACUCUACGGAUUUGGUUGAAGAUGGAAUAGAGUUUUUUGUGCAAAGGGAAAGCGAAGCUGAGCUGCAAAGGUCUUUCAGGUCCUCCUCCAGAUUUAGCAUAGAUAGAUUGGGGAGUUUGCGAAGGCAAACCAGCACCGGGAUGAAUAUUGACGCUCUCGGCAGCAGUCGGAAGGAGACCGUGGAUAUUGGCUGUCUGGAUAAAUUUGGAGGUAGCGGAAGGAAAGAUGAGCUUUUGCUCGCAGAAGCAGAAAUGGACGACUAUGAACGCUUUGUUCGCAGAUUCUCGCAUCGCAUAAUAGUGUCCGAUGUAAUUUUCCAGCGGCGAUGGAGCGACUUCAAGCCGUCCGAUUUAGAGUUCUUCGACUCUAAGCUCCUCAGGGCGAGCAGCAGCCGCCGUUCAGAUCGAAAUAUUUCUCAGCUGCCCGAAGCACAACCCUAUUUUCCGCAUUCCAGUCACGGGUUCGAAUCCACACCGCGGCAUCCUGGCAGACGAGCCGCCGGCGCCUCUGAUAAGAUUUCCAAGAUGAAGGACGAGAUGGAAAGAAAACGGAAACUGGAUAAGCAAGCCAUCAGAUUGAAAAGCUUGUCUUCAUCCUCUGCCUCAAGAUUAGAAUUUGCAAAGACUAAUAAGCAGUCGACAUGGAGAGAAGAUGAUUCUCGUGGAAGAUUACUGGACUCUAACUCCCCCCGGCGAUCAAUGUCUGAAAUUACUUCCUUGGACAGGGUAAGGCAGAAUCGAACUGCGAACAUUCUUCCUCUGGUUUCUAAAGAAACCGCCAUUCCUACUAAAGACGAGGAGAUGUUGAAAACAUGGUUGUCAAUUGCGCGGCGAACUCUGCUCUGGUUUGCCGGUAGGGAAAAACGAAAUGCUGCUUCUAGUUAUUCUAACAAAGACGGCCUUUCUACUACCUAAUCCAUCAAUUGUUGUUCUUUCCUGUUUUAGAUUUAGUUUGGAACUGCGGAUUCAUAAUUGUCAAAUCUCCGCUGUAUCCCAAAAAUUCCUAAAAUUAAUUCACAUGCAAGCCCUGUACAAUAUUAAUUAGUUUUCUCAUUUCUGAUACAGGCAUUUGCCACCACAAGAUGAAAAUUUUAGUUUUUAAAGCGAUUAUGUACAUUGUAAAGCACACACAGAAAAUAAACAUAUUCGCCCAAUGGGAAUUUAA